AAUGUCAUUUGUCAACCUUAACCGUCAAGUCAAAUGCCAAAUCAACGUGUUCGUUUCAGUAAAAAAUCAAUUAAAUUCUGUUUUCUAAGUUAAAGAUCUAAAAAUGUCUUCUUCAUUCUUUUUAAAAGGGAAAUCGAGACAAGUACACAAAAGGAAAGGUGAAAAAAUAAUCAAGAAGUCGAAAAAACAAAAUGCACCUAACCUCAAAAACGGAACGGAAUCCUCGGACAGUGACUUGGAUCUUAAAAAGUUUUCUGACGCAGAAGAAUCCGAGAGCGAUCACGAGACGGCAGAACAGAAGAAGUUGCGAUUAGCUAAGAAAUACCUCGAAGAGAUUGAAAAGGAGGAAGCUAAACGCGCGGAACUAAAGAACUUGGACGACGCUGUUGAGAAACGUUUGCAAAGAGACUUUUUAGAGCAAAAAGGUAAAUUGCACGUAAAUGUUGCCGACAAUUAUAGCGCUCCAGCAGAAAACGAUGUGAAGUUAGUGCGAGCAAGGGAACAUCGUCUUUCCCUCACAUGUGUCUGUAUAAGUAGAGAUUCAGAGUUCGCCUUCACCGGUUGUAAAAGCGGCAGCAUCAUCAAAUGGAGUCUUCGAGAAAAGAAAAAACUCGGCACAUUAACUUACAAAACACAUUCCAAAUAUUUAAAGGGAGGUGUUACUUCAAUUGCUAUUACAACAGAUUCCAAAUAUUUAGCAACUUCAGAUUCCUCACCUGACAUCCAAAUAUGGGAUCCACACACACUGAAACAUGUACACACAUUCAAGGGUCAUAAAGAUAUUGUCAUAGGUCUUAUAUUUAGGAAGAACACACACAGUUUAUACUCUGCCAGUAAAGAUAGGUCUGUAAAAAGUUGGUCUCUGGAUGAAAUGGCAUAUGUGGAAACUCUAUUUGGCCACCAGACAGCAAUUACAUCUAUUGAUGCUUUAACUAGAGAGCGAGCUGUUACAGCAGGUGGUAGAGAUACUACAAUAAGAAUUUGGAAGAUAGUUGAAGAAUCGCAACUGAUAUUCAAUGCACCAGUGGGAAGUGUUGAUGAGGUAAAAUUGUUAGAUGAAGAACAUUUUGUGUCGGGCAGUGAUAAUGGAUCAAUUUGUUUAUGGAGUGUUUUGAAAAAGAAGCCUCUGUGCACUGUAACGGAAGCACACGGCUUGGACAAUAAUGUGCCACGGUGGAUCACAAGUCUAGCUACACAUUUAAAUUCUGAUAUUUUUGCCUCUGGAUCCUACGAUAACCAAGUAAGGUUAUGGAAAGUGGCUGAUUUAUAUAAAAAUAUUGUGCCUAUGUUUAGUAUAGAAAUUAAUGGUUUUGUGAACUCUAUGCAGUUCACUAGUGAUGGACAGCAACUGUUUGCAGCUAUAGGACAAGAACAUAAAGCUGGUAGAUGGUUCAAACAGCCCAGUGCUAAGAAUGGUUUAUUAAUUGUGAAUUUAACUGUUAAGUUAAAAUGAUUUUGUUAAAUAAAAUUAUAUUUUAUU